CGCGUACGGCCCAAAUACACACUCUCAUCUGCACCUUCUCCUCAAUCUCUCUCCCUCUCUCGCUCCCUUUGGUUUCAUCGAGCAGGAAGUGAGGUCAGUUCCAGUCUGCCUCGGCCGUUGACAUCUCUCAGAGUGAAUCACUCACUCCCUCUCUCUCUGGAACUUGCUCUCUCAGCAAUGGCUUCGUCUCUGGCUUCAGCUUCAGCUUCGGCUUCAGCUGUGAGCAAAGCCUCAGCCACUUCGCCUCGUUUCAACAACAAUUACACUCUCUCUAAUCUUUCUUUUCCUCUUACUCCUAAGCCCAGGCUCCGCCUUUUAACCAAGGGUCUACAACCUAGUCAGAACCAUUCCAUCAUAGUAAAAGCCCAAAUGAAUGAGGUAAGGUUCUUUCAAAUGUUUUCGAUGAAGGAUCUGUUUUCAAAUAUUCAUUCCUUCCUGGACAUGCUUUUGGCAUCAUCUUUUGGCUUCAAGGUUGGUGUUGAUGGCUCCUCAAAUGCUGCUGCUACUCCCCCAACCAAGUCGGAGGCAGUGGCACCAGAAGCAAAGGCUGCUAAACCAUCAAAUGACCCUUCUUCUGGAGCUUUGGCUACAGAUGAAUCGAUCCCUGAGUUCAUUGCUCAAGUUUCAAGUCUUGUUAAGCUUGUUGAUUCAAGAGAUAUAGUGGAGUUGCAGUUGAAACAGCUUGACUGUGAAGUUCUAAUCCGUAAAAAGGAGGCCUUACCUCAACCACCACCUCCUGCUCCAGUUACUUGGAUGCAUUCACAUGUUCAAUCGGGGGCACCACCAGCCCAACCUGUGCCUGCACCUGCACCUGCACCUGCCCUAGCUCCUGCGGCUCCUACACCAUCACCAUCAACUUCUUCUUCUGCUGUCAAGUCAGCCAAGUCAUCACUUCCACCUCUUAAAUGCCCCAUGGCAGGGACAUUCUACAGAAGUUCAGCUCCUGGUGAACCACCAUUUGUGAAGGUUGGAGACAAGGUACAGAAGGGACAGGUCUUAUGCAUCAUUGAGGCCAUGAAAUUGAUGAAUGAGAUAGAAGCUGAUCAAUCGGGAACCAUAGUUGAGAUCCUUGUAGAAGAUGGCAAGCCUGUCAGCGUUGACUUGCCUAUGUUUGUAAUCAAACCUUAGAGCUCGACAGUCAAAGCAUGCAAAUAGAUGGAGUAAAUGGUGUGAUUAGAAAGAGGUGCAGUUGGUAACAUUUGUGAGAUGCGGCAUUAUUUCAUUUUGGUAGAUUGUUUUUGUUUGAGAUGAGAUGUGGCUAGAGUUGAGAGUUGACUUUGAUUGUUUAAUCAAAUAUUUAUUUAUUUCAAACUUCUUUCACUAGAGAGAGCAGAGAUUUCCCUGUCCAGGCUUUGGACGAUGUUGCUUUAAUAAACUAGUUAUUUGAGUGCUGUAUUCAAGAAGCCUUCAAAGCCAAAUGCUUUGGGUUCAUUAUUAUUAUUUUUGAUUCUGCACUAGAUGAAAAAUUCUUUUUUCAUU